CACAGAUAGCGUUGUUAGAGGUUGCUUGUUCAAACAAACAUGGCAGCCUGCUAGUGCUGCACACUGUACGAAGGUUGUUUUUUAAUUUGAAAGGUUGCAAUAAAGAUACUGUAAAAAUGCUCAGCCUGACAAUAAAGGAGAUGUCUUUGGCGCUCAGGGAGGGAAAAAUAUCCCCAACAGAGCUUUGUAGGAAGUGUCUGAACCGCAUUAAGAAAACACAACAUCUUAAUGCUUACAUCACUGUGACAGAGGAGUUGGCACUGAAGCAGGCUCAAGAAGCAGAAACCAGACUGCUGCAAGGUGCCCCCAAAGGUCCUCUGGAUGGAAUCCCCAUUGCAGUCAAGGACAACUUCUGCACAGAAAAUAUCAAGACUACAUGUGCUUCCAGGAUGCUUAAAGACUACACUCCACCCUACAAUGCUACAGUGGUCCAGAAGCUUUUUGACCAAGGGGCUGUUCUCAUGGGGAAGGUCAACAUGGAUGAGUUUGCUAUGGGUUCGGGCAGUACUGACGGGGCUUUCGGUCCGGUGAGAAACCCCUGGAGCUAUGCUGCUCCCUACAGAGAGCAGACGGGGGCAGCGCCAGACUCUGACUGGGUCAUCACUGGAGGAAGUUCAGGAGGAAGUGCUGCAGCUGUGGCCUCACUCACCAGCUACCUGGCCUUGGGUUCGGACACAGGUGGUUCUUCUCGUAACCCUGGAGCACUGUGUGGCGUUGUGGCCUUGAAGCCCACCUAUGGUCUGCUGUCCCGACAUGGUCUCAUCCCCCUGGUCAACUCCAUGGACGUCCCUGGUAUUAUGACGCGCAGUGUCAGUGAUGCAGCCAUCGUCUUAGGCAUCCUCCAAGGCCUUGAUAUUAGAGACUCAACAACAAUCCCUGCUCCCUCAUCACUGACAGAGCUACCUGAAUACUUUGAUGUCAAGAACAUCUGUGUCGGCAUCCCUAAGGAGUACCACGCCCCAGGACUGUCUGAGGAGAAUCUAGCGCAAUGGAGUCGUGUUGCUGACAUGUUUGAGAGGGCGGGGGCGCAGGUGAAGCAAGUAUCUCUCCCUCACACCCAGUACUCCAUUGUGUGCUACCACGUCCUUUGCCACGCUGAGGUGGCGUCUAACAUGGCUCGUUUUGACGGCCUAGAAUACGGACAUCGUAGCGAGGUGGACAUCUCGACGGAGGCCAUGUAUGCCUCAAGCCGACAUGAGGGCUUCAACGACGUAGUGAGAGGGAGGAUACUGUCUGGGAACUACUUCCUGCUCAAACAGAACUAUGAACACUACUUCGUAAAGGCUCAGAAAGUCCGCCGGCUGAUCGCCGACGAUUUCAAGCGUGUGUUCAGCUCAGGUGUCGACGUGCUGCUGACGCCCACCACUCUGACUGAUGCAGCCUGUUACUCCGACUUCACACAGGAAGACAACCGCACACGCAGUACCCAGGAAGACGUCUUCACCCAGCCUGUCAACAUGGCAGGUCUCCCUGCUGUUUCUGUGCCAACUGCUUUAUCAAGACGGGGUCUUCCCAUUGGUUUACAGCUCAUAGGCCCCACCCUCCAAGACCAGAAGCUGCUCAGUGUUGCCAAAUGGAUGGAGCAGAGGGUUGGGUUUCCCUCCAUCAGUGACUAUGGAGACUCCAGCGAGAGCAGGAAUGACACAGGGAUGACCAAAAGAGAGCAGACUUCAGCUGUAUGAAGAGGCCUGUAGACUGUACACAAUGGACCUGAAGAGUAACUAUGAUGGACAUUCUCGCCUUGUAAGAUGCCUUUUCAGGACAGUUUUGUUGGAGUUUCAGCCAUCAGUCCAAGUUUUCCUUGAUGGAAUGAAACAUAAUUACAACAAGGCAUAGACUCACUGUUUUACAACAUGCAACAUAUUUUAAGUGCAGGGACAUUGUGUUCAAUCUGUGACCUGCUGCUGUAGAUGUUUGUCUAAAGAUGGUGCUAUUAAAGACAUGCGAGAUGGGUGAUUUAUUGAUAGUGAUAUUUAUUAUAUGUUGUUUUUAAGGAAGUGUCCAUGCAUACACAUUUGUCUUAUCAUUGUGUAUUAUUAAAGACACUGAAAUUG